GCGCUCACUCUGCUCGCUUGCCGCUUCAUUCCGCUAGUGGCGCUCGACAGGUGCACUUGCUCCUCGUGAACCUUCGCCUCAGUGCUUGCUAGUGAACUUUUACCGAGUUGAGAAGGUGGUGGUGUUGCCCGAAAGGACUAAGGUCUUCUUCCUGGUAUGAGCCCUUUGCAACAGGUGCCGGCCAUGGCCUCGCCACACAGCACAUCCAGCUCCGGCUCCAGCACAAGCAGCAGCCCGCCGCCCCCGCAGAUGACCAGCAAUGCAACCCCGGCGCAACCCGCCCAACGCAAGACUAUCAAAAUCUCCGAGCACAGAAGAUGUAACAAGCCAAUUAUGGAGAAAAAACGACGGCAGAGAAUAAAUAACUGCUUGGAGGAACUGAAGAAUCUCAUCCUGGACGCCCUCAAAAAGGAUCCCGCCCGCCACUCAAAACUGGAGAAGGCCGACAUCUUGGAGAUGACAGUGAAGCACCUUGAGUCGCUGCACCGGCAGCAAAACGCGAUGGCCGUCGCCGCCGACCCGAGCGUGCUGAACAAGUACCGCGCCGGAUUCAGCGAGUGCGCCACCGAGGUGGACAAGUUCUUGUGCCGUGGCGACGCGCCCCAGAUGGACCCGCACGUCAAACGCAGGCUGCUGGGGCACUUGUCCAACUGUCUCAACAACGUUUCCGCGCUGGACAACAUGAUCAUGUCGCCAGGCAAGCCGGCGACCGAGGAGGCGGCCAGUCCCGUGGCCACCGCCACUCAGCCACGCACAUUGCGGGUGCAGAUCCCAGCGUCAUCCAUGCAGAUUCCGUCCACGCCCACCGCCGAGGGGCAGCACGUGAUGCAUUUGGUGCCAACCUAUCUGCCCAGUGGCGACAUCGCCUUCGUCAUCCCCAAGAGCGUGCGUUCGCCGCCGCCACCGCCGCAGUUGCAGGACCCGCAGUUCAGCCCCCAGAUGCCGCCCCUCCUGCCAACUGAGUGUGCACAGAAACUGGCAGCACGAACGGCCGUCGUGGCGCCACUGCCAGUCGCACUCGACCUCAGCAUCUCUCACAUUGUCUCGCUCAAGCAGGAGGACAAACCGGUGUCCAUGGACUGCGCCCACGCCGCCGAGCACGAGGACGUUUGGCGACCCUGGUAGACACUUGUGCUAAUUCUUCCCCUGGAGUGCCAUCCGCGCGCUAAUGAACAACUCGUUGUGUUUUACACAGAUGGACGGUUAAUAUUUAGAGCUGCAACAACUGUGGACAUGUUGUUGUGCGGAAUAAAUCUGAUUAGCCGUGCCUUCAGCCUUUGAAACUAGAAUUAAUCAUGGAACGCAUGAAAAAUGGAGCUUAUUUUGUAUCACAGAUUUUUUAAAAAUUUGUCACUUUGUAAUCUGUGACGCCACGCAAUAAAAUGGACAUUUUCAUGCAAAACCAUUAAAAACGAGUUAAACAUGGA